GAGCAGGGUCCAGCGGUGGGCCAGAGUAGGCUGGGGGGCAGGGGUAGCCCAAGGCCGGAGCGGUUCAACAGACCUUUAAGUUUUUAGGAAUUUACUCCAGGGUAGGUUCGAAUUCCUAAUUACACUUUCAGCAAACCAGUUAGAGGGUGACUCAGUGACCCGCCCGCUUUGGCAGUGGUAGUGACAGGGGUGGGUGCGGUCAGGGCCGCGGCGGAGCACCGGCGGGAACCCCUGACGGUGGGGACCCAGGCGGAGAGGCUGCGCGGCCCCUGCACUGAGCGUGCGGCGGGCGCCGGGCGGGACGCGCGGACGCCAUCGCGUCGCUACGGGCUGGCGGUGGCGGCGGCCUGAUCUGGAUCGCCGCGGCGUCCUAGCCGCCCUCCGCUUGCCCACGGUCGCCCGGACUCUCGCCCAGUCCCCCGCCUGGUCCCCUGCGGCGGCGCGCGCGGCCGGGUUGGGCGGGGCGGUUCCGGGAUGAGGAGGCGGCGGCGCGCCGAGACGAUGCUCCGCAGCUGAAGAGACGCCGGCACACGGCACGGCGGCCAGCGCAGCGCCGACCCGCGGGAUGUCUCAGCCGGCCGGCCCCGCCGGCGGCGGGGAGCCGCGGGCCGAGGCGGCGGGCGGCGAGGGGCCGCCGGACCCCGGGGAGGCCGCGGGCGCGGCUGGAGGUCCGCAGGACUCGCUGAGCCUGGAGGAAAUCCUGCGGCUCUACAACCAGCCCAUCAACGAGGAGCAGGCGUGGGCCGUGUGCUACCAGUGCUGCGGCUCCCUGCGCGCCUCGGACGCCGGCCAUAGCCAGCCCCGGCGCCGCGUGCGCUCCGCCGCGCAGAUCCGCGUCUGGAGGGACGGCGCCGUCACCCUGGUGCCCGCCGCCGGCGACGCGGGACAGCUGCCUACCGCUGCGGGUAAAUUGGGAUAUUCACAUUGUACAGAAACAGAGGUUAUUGAAUCUUUGGGAAUUAUUAUUUAUAAAGCACUGGACUAUGGUUUGAAGGAAAAUGAAGAAAGGGAAUUAAGCCCUCCCCUGGAGCAACUUAUUGAUCACAUGGCCAACACAGUAGAAGCUGAUGGUAGCAAUGAUGAGGGCUAUGAGGCUGCAGAUGAAGGCCUGGAAGAUGAAGAAGAUGAAAAGAGAAAAGUCUCAGCUAUCCGGUCAUAUAGAGAUGUCAUGAAGUUAUGUGCUGCUCAUCUCUCAACUGAAUCAGAGGCACCAAAUCAUUAUCAGGCAGUAUGUCGUGCACUGUUUGCAGAAACAAUGGAGCUGCAUACUUUUCUGACUAAAAUUAAGAGUGCAAAGGAGAAUCUUAAGAAGAUUCAAGAAAUGGAAAAGAGCGAUGAAUCUAACACAGACCUGGAGGAGCUGAAAAACGCUGACUGGGCUCGAUUCUGGGUACAGGUGAUGAGGGAUUUGCGGAACGGAGUAAAACUUAAGAAGGUCCAAGAGCGGCAGUACAACCCUUUGCCCAUUGAAUAUCAGCUCACCCCCUAUGAGAUGCUAAUGGAUGACAUUAGAUCCAAAAGAUACACUUUGCGAAAAGUGAUGGUAAAUGGUGACAUUCCUCCUAGGUUAAAAAAAAGUGCUCAUGAAAUCAUCCUCGACUUCAUCAGAUCAAGACCUCCUUUAAAUCCAGCUUCAGCCAGAAAGCUGAAACCCACUCCACCACGGCCACGGAGCCUCCAUGAACGAAUAUUAGAAGAAAUCAAAGCAGAAAGAAAGCUGCGGCCCAUCUCACCAGAAGAAAUUAGACGUAGUAGAUUAGAUGGAAGUACCCCUGAUUCUCCAAAGAACUUGGUGGAAUCAUCGAUGGUGAAUGGAGGUUUAACAUCACAAACAGAAAAUGGGUUAAAUGAUGUGCAGCAGGUACCUGUGCAGCGGAAGAAACUCCUGAAAGCUCCAACUCUGGCUGAACUGGACAGCUCUGACUCUGAGGAAGAGACUCUGCACAAGUCAGCCAGCAGCAGCAGUGUGUCCCCCUCCUUCCUUGAAGAUCCCUUACUGGAGGCUGUGUCUGCAAGGAAGACGCCUCCAAAAUUCUUGCCUAUAUCAUCAACACCCCAGCCAGAGAGACGGCAGCCACCCCAGAGACGACAUUCCAUUGAAAAAGAAACGCCUACUAAUGUGAGACAGUUUCUGCCACCAUCCAAGCAGAGCUCCCGAUCUCUUGUUCCUAGGAUAACCAGUGUAUGGCCAAGGACGCCUUUCCGACCACUUUUUUCUACCAUACAAACAGCUUCUCUGCUCAGCUCUCAUCCUUUUGAAGCAGCCAUGUUUGGGGUAGCAGGGGCUAUGUAUUAUCUAUGUGAGAGAGCUUUUACCAGCAGGUGGAAAUCCUCAAAGGAGGAAUUCUGCUAUCCAGUGGAAUGCCUAGCUCUGACUGUGGAGGAAGUGAUGCAUAUUCGUCAGGUCCUGGUGAAGGCAGAGCUGGAAAAAUACCAACAAUAUAAAGAUGUCUACACUGCCCUGAAAAAAGGAAAGCUUUGCUUUUGUUGCCGAACCAGGAGAUUUUCCUUCUUCACCUGGUCUUACACCUGUCAAUUCUGUAAGAGGCCAGUGUGCUCACAGUGUUGCAAAAAGAUGCGGCUGCCCUCCAAGCCAUACUCUACUCUUCCUAUCUUUUCAUUGGGACCUUCUGCUUCUCAAAGAGGGGAAAGUUGUAUGAGGCCAGAAAAACCCUCCACUAGCCACCAUCGGCCACUUCGGAGCAUUGCCAGGUUCUCCUCAAAAUCAAAGUCUGUGGACAAAUCAGAUGAAGAACUGCAAUUUCCCAAAGAGUUAAUGGAGGACUGGAGUACUAUGGAGGUGUGUGUAGACUGCAAAAAGUUUAUUUUGGAAAUCAUCAGUUCAAGCCGGCGUAGCCUGGUGUUGGCCAACAAAAGAGCCCGGUUAAAAAGAAAAACACAGUCUUUCUAUAUGUCCUCACCAGGCCCCUCGGAAUACUGCCCUUCAGAGAGGACUAUCAAUGAAAUCUGAGCCUUGUGCCUUUCAGUUACUUUUGUGUUCAGAGUCUGCAUUAGCUCUCAGGAGAACACUGAGCUGGACUGUCUCCUUGCCAUGGUUGUAGUUCAUAGGCUUGAUUUGCAUUAGAUCAGGGUUUUGCUGCAUCACAUUGUUCCACGGACUGAAUGCUGUGUUCAUAUCAAUUGAUGAUAUGUGACAGGUCAACCAAUUGCUCAUUUGCACCGAGAGGACAAUAGUUGGAAACUUGCUUGUGUGUGUGGAUUUGGAGGCCAGAAAUGUUUUCCUUAAUUCAGUUCCUUACUGUUCCUCAAAUAAUUUUCUGACUAAGGCAAAAGGCUUCUCACAUGAGAAACCAGUCUAACAAAGGUGUCAAUGUUAGCACAGUUCUAAGCAGUAAGUCAUAUUGGCACUUCCAGCUGACAGUGUUCCCACUAAUGUACAUAGUGACCCAGAGCCCUGCCGCACACCAGGUACCUGAGGCGGGGCCAGGCCACUUCUGGUCCCAAGCACAAAACCUGGAAGGAUUUGCUCAUACUGUCAAACUGAUUUUAAAUUAUUGUUGCUCUAAGAUAAAGACUACAGGCGGGACUUUAUGCCUGCAUUUUAGUGCAAAACAUCUGAAUAAGCUGUACACCCAAGUGGGUGACCAUUUCCUGUGAGCUGCUGUGUUUGCCCUGGUGCAAUGGAUCAGUGUCUCCUGAGCCCAUGACAGGUUUUCAUUCCCUAUCUUGCAUGUAUUAUGGUUACUUGUAAUUUUAUAAUAGAGGUCUAAGAAUUAAAGUUUUGUGGGAGUUUCUGGACAAAGGAAGGCUAGACAUUUGUCAAGAGGUUGAAUGUAUUUCAGUUAACUAUGAAAAAAGUUGUGACAGCAAAGUGCCAGCUAUUGGCCUCACUGUGGAGAAUGAGCUGGAGCUCAUAUAUUUUCAACUACGUUUUUCAUAACUUUCUAGUCUAGCCAUCAUAACUAAAUCAAGCCACAAUUUGGUACCUAAGGUCUCAAACUGAAAUUUAUUUAUUUUUAUAAUGAAUUUUAAAAGAAAAAACCUUGUCUAGUUCUUUUAAGAUUAUAAGAUAAAUAAUCUGCUAAUAGGCUUUUUGGAUGCUUUUUGCACAACUUUUUCCUUGUAAACAACUUGAAUGAGUAGGAUGGGUUUUCAGAAGGUAGGUUGGAGAGUAGCAUUGUAUAACCUGAAAUUUCUCAGCUGGUUUGGCCUACAUCAUGGCCUGUACUUUAUUAUUUUGGUAUGCUUACAAAUGACCAACCAGUGAAAUUGCCAUUAAUGUUUGGAAAAUCAGCUAAUACACAUGCACAAUAAUUUCCUAAAAGCUAUAGGAUAUAUCUAUAGUCAAUAAACACUACAACAACACCAUUUAAUAAAAGGCACGGCAGUCACAUUUCAUACCAUAUCAAAAGAUAGUAACAUUUCUAUACUAAAUUAACGGUAAUACCUCAGAACUGCUCUGGUAGUAGUUUUUAAUGGAUUGAAAUUUACAGUUUAGUAAAUGGCUUAAAAUUACUUCUACUUACAAAAUAAACUUUACCAAUUGACCAAAAUAAUGCAUGUUAACAGCUGUCUGUAUCUGCAUGUAAUAGUGGGCCACCAGAGAACCCUUGUUGAUUAUGCAAAUGUUUAAAUUAUUUUAAAGACUCUUGUUUAAGAGCUUUAAACAUUAUAUUGGGUGAAUGUCAUUUAUAAAAAUUUUCCAAGAGACUGUUUGAACUCUGUACCCCAGAUGGUUUGGUAGGAGCCACACCCUUUGAAGGCCCAGACUUGAGCCUCUAAAUGACUACCAGAAAGGGUGCAAGGAAGAGGGAAUGGUAUUUGUAUAUGUGCAUUGAUAUGACCUAGGAUAGCGUGCUUUUAAAAAUAAUGACUAUUUCACUGUUGUUUUUAAACAUAAGAAACUAACCCCCCAACAUGAGAAUUUCAUCCAUAUUCACAAGGCAAAGAGCUAGCACAUCUCAAUCUUGGACUUCACUUCUUCGUGUAGUCUGAUUUGGGCAUUAUGAUCACCUCUUAGCAGAGCAUUAAAUGUAAAUUCUUCGACAGCAUUAACGAGGUUUGCCAAGUACAUUGAAGGGGUCAUGUGGAUGGCAUGAGACAGUUUGCAGAAAGUAAUGUACCAGAAGGGCACAUGACACAGCUAAAAUGAUAGAAAUCAAAUUAGUAUCACUUUUUGUUGCCAAAACAAUUUCUUGCAUUUAACCCUUUAUUAUCCAUGACAUUACCCAACACCUCAAUUAAAUUAGGUAAUUUCCAGAGGGUAGUUCACUAGUAGCUUAUGGAGUGUGAUCUUACAAUCCUCAGUCUAGUCUGACCUUAGGCUUAUCUUCCUCGUCUUACUACUAAAAGAACAUACUUUCACAGUGUUGCUUUCUGUCCCAGUUUCCAGCUAUUUGGCGUUUACAUCUGAUCCAACAACAAAAAUAUUGUUGGCUAGCUGGUCUCAGUUGGAGCCUGAUGUGUCUUAGAUCUCCUGUGCACACCUGAGCAGUCCUACCUACGCGAAUCCCCUCCCAGCUAACUCCCUCCAGGCUCAAGCACCCACCCUUUCUUUUGGUUCCAGACCACAUGAACUCACCCUGUUGGGAGAUCUUUAUUUCCUUCCCCAUGGCUUAACUUUUUAUCAAUGUCAGAGUAGAUAAGAAUGCUUGUAAAUACUGUAAUAUAUUUAUUAAUAUUUGAAAGCAUUCAUUCAGUGGACAGUGGAAAUUAACUCUCCCAAGGCAAGUAAAAAUUAAAUAAUUGAUAUGUACAUUGACUUAACAGUCUUACUAGAGUUCCAGUCUUAAGUCUUUCAAAUUAAACCAGAAGAUUGUUAUGUAGGAGUUUUUAAAAUGACCUUACAUUUGAAUAGACUAUGUAAUUAGCACCAUGAACUCAUACCAUGAAUUUUUUAAGGCUUUUAUUUUUCUAACUGUAUUAAUAAAUAUAGGACUGGAUUUUAGGUGUCACAUAGGAGAUAUGAAAGUUUUAAAUUAUGUUACUAUUUGCUAAAGCAAAAUAGCAGAAAAUUUUGUACACGUAAAACUGAGAAAUGUAUAUGCUGACUGGACUUUGACCUAGUUUCCUGCGUGUAUAAAAGUCAAGGUGUUGCUGGCAUUCAGGGUGAUAUGACAGUACUACACGUUUUCCAUCAAAAUCUUUUAUUUUAAAAUUUAUGUAGGGAAAAAUAAAUGGCAUUCCAUCAUAA